AUGCUCAACAUACAGGUUCCCCUGCUCCACGUCGCGAACCAGAAUGUGCUGGUUACCCACAUGAGGGGUGACAUUUUGCUUCAAUUUCUCGCCUUCAUGCGGGGCCCGCAGCUGCGCGAAAUCGUUACACGCGCUCCGCGUUGCAGUCCCGCCAGCACGCCUGACGUCCCCAGGGUCUGCGUUCAUGUUGUUGUUCCCGGAUGUUUUUUCUCGGAUGUCGACAUUCUAUUGCGCUUUGGGCACCUCCGACACAGCUCAUUUCCGGUGGGGAUCAUGCACGGCCUGAGGUCGAUGUACGCCUGUUCGGACGCUAUGAUCCUUGCGCUGACUAGCUCCACGUGUGCACCUUAUUGUUGGCCUGUGUGUUCGCAGCCUCUCCCGAUCAGCGGCUCCAGAGCGUUUUUGUCUUCGGAGGCCCCCCCGGGCACGUGGACAGAGGUCAUCGAUCAGGCGUUUGUUGCUGACGCGAGUUCGGCGGCUACGAGGUUGAGGUGGAGACCUUCGCGGUACGGAG